AUGUUCAGUCUUAAGGAGGACAAGCUGAUGAACAUAACAGUGGAGUUUAAUAACCCCUUCACCAAGUUUAUUUACCUGCUGAUGCCAAACUGGGCUAAAAAAAUCAUGAAAAAAUCAGUGCUUUCAAGCAACUCGCUGAAGAAGAAGAGAGAGAUGGUGCACAGUUUGCGCUGGAGUGGACCUCGGAGCCUGCCUCACGUCAACGCACUGCAGCUGUUCUCGUACGAACAGUACGAGUGGCUGUACGUGAAGUGGAUGCACUCAUUCAAUCGCCAUUUUUACAACUCGACGCUGUUCGAGAUGAUUGUAAUUAUAUUCUACAGCUCGACAGGCACAAUAUUGCUCGGAUAUAGACACUACUUGACGCUCAGCGAGACGGACAAGGGACUGUACAUCGGCAAGACAAGCCGCCUGGUUACCAUGGCACUGAGGUUCAUACUCUAUCCGAUCAUAUCGCUCAUUUUGAUAAUGGCGGUUGGGUACAUUCUGCUAAACCAGGGCACUACUGGCACUGCUGGGGACGGGGCCGCUGUUGGGGACAGAGCAGGCAAAAGCGCCAACGCCAUGUCAGGAGCAGCAGUUAAAGCUGAACAGCCCUCAGUCAAGGGGGACCUGAAGAGCCUCAAAAAGCCCGGAAAGGCAAGAAAGAACAAGGGGCAGGGCAACAAGCAGAUACUCUGGGUGUACUGGCUGAUGAUGCUGCUCUGCAUGGUGGACUUCGUAGGCUCCAUGUUCGACGUCUUCGUGUCCCUGGGGCUGGAAACGCCGCCGUAUGCAGUGCACAACAGCCUCGUGAUGCAGUUUCUCAUGACGAAGACGGCGGCGUUCCUGCUCCUGCGCUUUCCCACGCUGUUCGUGCUAUACCUGGUCUACUUCGUGGGACUGUUCACAGCCCAGUUCUUCCUGAAGCACACGAACACGCUACGCUUCAUCACGAUGCAGGUGUCCUGCCAGCUCAUCAUUGGCGUCGGCAGCUGGUCGUUUCUGAUCAGGCCCGUCGACUUGAAUCGGCGCAGGGUCUUUUCGGACGUCAUUCUGCCCUAUGUGCUUUACCUGAGCAAUUUCCUCAGAGCACGAUGGAUGAAACUUGCCCUCUUUAUUCUCAAUAUUCUACUUGUUCGUAUUGCUUAUGGGUUUCUAUCUGGUAAUCUGGGCACACAUUUGAACAACAACCACAAAUCCACUUUACUCUUUUCCAAACGAUAUGAAAUUUACAGAUUAAGGCGGCAGCGUGAGAUUUUAGAUGCUUUUGACAGCAUCUUCACUCGCCAACGCGGUCUUCCUAUUGGCCACAACAUCUCCCCUGAGCUCAUUCAUGGCAUCAGCAUCAUGGGCGUCAAGCUCAGCAGGGACUGCUCUCACGCAACCGUUUACAUACUGCCAUCAGGCGACUCGUUUCAACAGCGUCAGUGCUACUCGUGGGUAAAUAGGAACUCCAAGAGGCUCAGAUACUUGAUGGCGCAGCUUUUAAAAUAUCGCAAAAAUGUUCCCUCCAUUGCUUUCCAGCUUUACGACUUGGCCCAGCUAGGUUUCUACCACUUACUCACCUUCGCCUACUUAAUUAUCUACAUAUUUGGGCACACACGCUGCCACACCUCCACCCAAUUACUAUCUACUGCACAAACACACACUCACUCACCCGUACACACACACUCACACACCCGUACACACACGCUAACACACAUCCAUACACACCUAUAUAUAAAUGCAUAG